CUCUCGUCUUGUGCCCAACUCGGUAGUGGCACUUCGAUGGCACCUCUCCGCACUUGUUUCAGGGUAGCCUCGUGCUCGAUUUGCAUCACAACGGGGGGACAUCAGGUCGCAAAUGUGCAGCGGCAGAAGUCAAAGCUAAUGCGGUCCAGGCUGACUACGUACGUACGUACUGUAUAAGAUCCCAGCCCUCGAAUCGAAGCUCGAACUGAGCUCUCUUCAUUUCCCAUGCUGCUCCUCUCAACAGCGCACAUCCUCCCCCUGUUCUCUAUCGUUGCCCUCACGGUGGAGCCGACCGCAGCUGUGAGCCUGCCGAUCUACCUCGGGGCCGCGCUCUCUGCCGUGUUCUUCCCCUCCCUCCAUCUCGGGUGGAACAACAAAAACACAUUCGAGUCGUCAUCCAGCUAUAAUCUCGACAACUUUUGGACUGAUCUCCGCAACCUCGGCGACGGGGCCCGUUCGUACAGCGAGGGCGUCAUUGCCGAUGCCGUCAAACAAUCGGAGCAGCUCAAAGCUGGAGUUGCCGAGUUCAGGGAUUACGCAGAGAAGGCGUUGGAUGCAUCGACUGUUCUUUUGAAUCUGGCCGCGCCGGAUGCAUCACUUAUCGAGAAGAGGGGAGACCAGCACACACUUGCCCUCACGCAAAGCGAGAUUGUCGCCGACCUAGAAAACGCGUUGGAAGCUGUCGUGCAGGAGCUGCAGGCGAUGUUCCCUGCUCCGGAUCUGGCUCCCGGGCACGCGCAACGCCUGGAGGUCGUGACGAUAGCUCUGGACAAGGCUGGUGCCGCGCUCAUUGGUGUCCUGGCCGAGCAUGGGUACAACAAAACACGCGUCAGCGAGCACUGGAACGCGACUUUGGCGCCUGCGAUCUCCGGCUUAACGGUCUUACUCGGCGAUUUCGCUGAACAAAACCCCAACCUAUUUGCCGCUCUUCUUUUCCUACUUGCCGCAAUGAUGCUGCCUGCUCCCUUCUUUCUCCUGCGCCCUUUGCUCCGCUUGUUUGGAUUCGGCCCACUCGGUCCUGUCCAAGGUCUGGCCAUCGUUGUCUUGGGUUCCACGGCAGCUUGGGCUCAGCGCCUCUUCUUCGGAGCGAACGUUCCCAAGGGCAGCUGGUUUGCCAUGCUUCAACGAGCAGGCAUGAAAACUAUCCUCGGAUUCUGAGGUGCUCGGAAAUGAACAUUGAACGGUGAUCCACAAGAAUCUCUAUAUCUUGGCAGUCAUAUCCGCAAAAAUGUCAUCGAUUUCGCUCACCAAGCUCCUGACAGCAUAUGAGGUAAAAUAAUUUGGAUUACCUCAGGAUGCUUUCCAGCCAGCACGUGCAGGGGCCAUCUCUAUCUAAUCUAAUCGCCAUCUGCGGCGAUUACAAAAACGAUGACCCGAAAGUCGGCUCCAGCGUUCCCCUUCCGUCGGAGAUAAGUUCUUAAACACAUCAAAAACAUUUUUCCGCAAUCUGCCGAUGUAGUGUACAAGCAGCCCGGGGAUGGGUAUAUAGCAAAGAAUGACAUUCAGCAGCAACCAGUCGAUCGUAAGAGACAGCGAUAAAAAGACAAAAUGAUCGACACGAGGCAAGGCAGACGACAGAUAAUUAGAUGGGGUGGGGUAGGCAUCAGUCUAUACUAGAAAUACAUGCAAUCGGUCACCAGACCGGCGGGCCGGGGCGAAUCUGGUUCGGAUUGUGGAAGGCCCACUUGUCACUUUCCUCGUGUUGUUGAUGUUGCUGGAGCAUCAUCUGCUGGUGAUGGUGGAGAUGUCGCCCUGUGUCAUACACCAACGACGGGUCGAACGGAGGUGGCGCCAUCGUCGGGCUCGCGAUCAUCGGCGAUGCAUACUGUGGGGGAGAGUGCGAUUGGCGCUGUGGGACGCCAAUGGAUAUCGUCUGGGGAACGUCGUAGCGGGCCGCUCCCAUCACGUCAGCGGGGUGCUGAGGGCGGGCAAAAUCCUCGCGUUCUCCGCCGUAAGCGCCAUUGAAGCCAGAUGCAGGCUGGCCCCGCGGAUAGGGGCGAGCAGGGGCACUCGUGGGCGGAUACUCAUCAUCCUCGUCUUCCUCGUCACCUUCUAGCAGCUCAGAGACGUCGACCUCGAGUUCGCCGCUUAAAACAAGGCUGAACGCUUCUGAACGGACUGGUUCUUCGACGCAUGGCAUCCCGGACCGCAUGCGCCAUUGAUUGACUUCGUGACGGAGCUCGUCACACUCGUGCUUGAGACUGCGUAGCUGGGCGGCAGCCAUCAUACGCUGGCGGCGAGACGCAUUGACAUGGGCAAUGCUCGAGUUGACGAUCGCCGAUUUGGAGGGGCGUCGGAUUUGGGAAAGAUUGGGAAGUAGCCCAGCGAGGUCCUGGGAGAGGGGGGGAAAGUAGAUGAGCAUCAAUAACGCCAGUCAGAACCGAACAGGCUAA